GCCACAAUACAAUCGACCAACCUGAGUACGAUGGGAGCCGUGAUGAGCUGCUCUCCAGGAGCGAGCUUGGCGUGGACAGGCAAGAAACUUUAGAACAAAACAUGCACUUGACAUGAUUCUAACGACCCUUACACUGUACUGGUUCACUCAGACCUACGCAAGAAGCAUUCACGCUUACCGGGAGUUAUUUCCCGGUGGCGCAUCGACGCCAACGCUCCCGACCGACGAUCCGUCGCUUUACAUCCAUAAACCCUUCGGUUACAGUUAUUUCCCACAUGAAGUAAUUCCCGUUCCAGCAUGUUGGGUCGCAACCACAGGAAAACUCAGUUUCGUUCGUUAUCACGAAACGGGUGGCCACUUCGCGGCGCAACUCUCGCCAGCAGAAUUCGCCAAUGACCUCAUUGAGUUUUUUGGACCCAUGAAAAACACCCUCGCUACCGUUCCUCCAUCUCCUGCCGCGUCCAACGCCAGUUUCGAUAGAGAUACGCAUUUAAUGACUGAACUUACAAAAAAUGGAAGCGCAAGGUUGCUUGCUCCCUCGAUUCGAUUCGACUGUUCGAAAUUUCCGGAUAAAUUCCCUUCUUUUUUUUUUUCCACACACAUCAUUUCUUUGGGGCAUCGAUGAACCUUGAGUCUCUUCUGUCUUCUGUUGUUCCGCUUUACAAUCAACAAUGAAUCUAAUAAGUUUCAUCAUUUCGACCAUCCUAUAUAUAACACAAUCAUCCUGUACAUCGAGAUAUUCUCACAGGGUCUCCUCGGGAGAUGGGACCCUGGAAUAAUCUGAAUAAGCUCUUCCGAUCCUUUGCUGCACUUCGGGAGCUACUGCCGCCGUCAGCAUUGUCGCCGUUAGCAUUGGGCCCCGCGCCUGGCUUCCUCCUUACAUCCGCAAAGGACGCGGAG